AGUCUGUGUCCAUUGCAUUUCAGAAAUCUCUGAGUUGAACACUGAGAACAUCAUUCCUACUUUUUGAGUCUUGAAUUGAAAGCUGCCAGAACCCUACAGCCUAUAAGGGAAAUAAAAGAUAUUUCCUGCUUCGGAGAGCACUUUAAGCAAGGAAGGCUUUCCUUGGCUUCGCCUGCAUUCCAUAAAAUACUCAUUGCCUUUUCGCUAAGGAUAGCCUCGCCUGCCUUGUGUGAAUGGAAGGGUGUGCAAGUCACCACAAGAUAUUGACCAUGAAUCAUUCACCCUCAGCAUACAGGAAUCUCCUGGGGGACCAUGGUCAUUCAUUGCAGCACACGUGGGGUUGUGAAGGUCCAGUCUUUGCCCCAUCAUCCCCCCUUUCCAUGAUUCAGCAACAGAAGUUUGCAGUCAGAUGAUCUCUCUGCCUGCAGUUGAGCACAAAGACCUGAAGGAGACUCCCACAGCCUUCAGGGAGAAGAAAGGAGGCAGCCAAGCCGAUUAAAAGGAACUUGUGGCUUGUGGCCUUUUGUGCAGGGGCCGCCUGGAAGGGGAGAAAAGUGUGCUGAAGCCACAGCGGCGGUUAAUGAGCUGUGAGAUGAGGAGCAGCUGCAGCUGACACUGCUUCCAGGAUCCUUCGUCUGCCCUUUGUGCUUCGUGUACAUGUGUCUGUUCAGGCCCGCCAGAGGCGCCCAGAAGAGCAUCCACCACGGCUGCCGGGGAAAGACCGCCCACCAUGCCCACGGAGACGCUACAGACAGGUAGCAUGGUGAAGCCGGUCAGUCCCGCGGGCACCUUCACAUCGGCGGUACCCCUCCGCAUCCUGAACAAAGGACCCGACUACUUCCGCAGGCAGGCUGAGCCCAACCCCAAGAGACUCAGUGCGGUAGAGAGGCUGGAGGCUGACAAGGCCAAGUAUGUCAAGAGCCAGGAGGUGAUCAAUGCCAAGCAGGAGCCGGUGAAGCCGGCAGUGCUGGCCAAGCCUCCAGUGUGCCCAGGAGCCAAGCGCACACUGGGCAGCCCCACUCUUAAGGUGUUUGGCAACCAUGCCAAGACCGAGAGCGGUGUGCAACGUGAGACCCUCAAACUUGAAAUCCUCAAGAAUAUCAUCAACAGCUCCGAGGGCUCCAGCUCUGGCUCUGGCCACAAGCACAGCUCCCGAAACUGGCCUCCUCACAGGGACACCACUGACCUGCACCGACACUCCUUUGCAGAGUCUCUGAAGGUGUACCCUACGCCUGGGCGAGGCAGCCCGCAAGAGAGUAGCUCCCAUGUGAGCAGGAGACUGCUGGAGCAGUCUGCAGAGUCCUUCCUGCACGUCUCACACAGCUCCUCCGACAUCCGCAAAGUGACCAGUGUGAAGCCCCUUAAAGCCAUCCCCUGCAGCAGUUCUGCCCCUCCCCUGCCUCCUAAGCCCAAGGUGGCUGCCAUGAAGUCCCCUGAGGCUGACCAGGUGGAACCAGCCUGUGGGGUCAGCCGGAGACCUUCCCUUCAGAGGUCCAAGUCAGACUUGAGUGACAGGUAUUUUCGAGUAGAUGCAGAUGUGGAGAGGUUCUUCAACUACUGUGGACUCGACCCGGAAGAGCUAGAAAACCUGGGCAUGGAGAACUUUGCAAGGGCUAAUUCUGACAUCAUAUCCCUCAACUUCCGCAGCGCAAGCAUGAUCAGCUCAGACUGUGAACAGUCUCAGGACAGUAACAGUGACCUUAGAAAUGAUGACAGUGCCAAUGACCGGGUACCAUAUGGCAUUUCUGCCAUCGAAAGAAAUGCUAGAAUCAUCAAGUGGCUAUAUAGCAUCAAACAAGCUAGGGAGUCACAGAAGGUGUCCCAUGUGUAAGAGGCACAGUGGUAGAAAGGAGGGAGGGGGGGUCUGUCUGUGCAUACACAGUUGUGAAGGUUGUGAGGUCUCCUUGAAGUGUUGUGAGCUUCUCCACUCUUUGUGUUGCUUGUUGUGCAAUGUUCUCAAGUUGCAUGCCUGUCAACAUGGCAACUGGCCUGGCUUCCUUCUCACAUCUCUGCAGAGUCUUGCUGAACACUCAUCUGCCAAAAGUUUCCAGCCAGAAUCUGACUGACUAGGGCCUUGCUCUUAAUCAAAACUGUUUACAAGGGGGAAAAAGUUUUCAAUUUCUUUAAUAUUUAUGUGGUUCUUGUGUUUUUAUACCCUGCGCUAUUGUGUCUUAAUUAAAAAUUCUUUCAACUGGCUUUUAAUUUGAACACAGAAUCUUUUUGAAAUAAAAAGCCACUUUGCCUACAUGGGAGAUCAUAACACUGGGGAGAUGUAUGGGACCUGCUACCAGAAAAUGACUUGACAGAACAGAUCCAAGCUAGAGUUGUUUAUAUGGAAUCAAGUGGUGGGCCUUGCCCACUUGGUGCCAUUCUCUUGCCACUUUGUGGAGCAUUAAGGGGCAACAGUGCUGCCUUGUGUCCAAUUCAGUGUAUAUAUUGAUGGUAUUUUUGCAGUACUGACCCCAGGAAAGACAAUCAGAUAAAACCCACGAUGAGCAAAUGGAGGAGGUUCAAUAUUGGGAGGAAGGUGGGGAGACUGUUGAUGCUGUUCAAACUGGGAUAAUUCAGAAAUAUCUAGUAUUAAUCUGACAGGAGGAACCACCUGAAGAUGAUUAAAGCUGAUACUAGAUGCUGUUUAACAAAGUUAUUUCGUGGGAUCUUAUUUGUUUUUGUUGUGCUUUUGGCCAAGAACUACUAACACAUGUUGUUUCUCUCCCUUGCUCCCUUUGUAGUUGUCCUAUUUGGGGCGGGUUGGUUGUACCUCUGCAGGUUUGCACUGAGGACAUGAAGGGAAGUAAGAUUACCAUCUGUCAGUACAGUCUCCCAUUCCACAGUGGUCUAUGUGAAGCAGAGUCACAAGUCAGCAGUGAUUCUGUCAUCUGGCUCAUAUUCUUCUCUCAGGCUAUGGGUAUUUGUUACAGCUGUAGAAAACUGUAGAAACACUGUAGCUUUCCACCUUGUUGUCUCUUGUUGCCUCUUCCCCAAUAACUUGCCCUCCAGGUGAUUUUAGGAACUGGGAGCCAGCUGCCAAAGCACUGGCAGUGAAAGCAAAGGGCACCAGGCAGUGGUCUGGCCCAAGGCUCUUGGCAGAACCACCUUAGUUUGGUCUUCAUCAGCUACUAGGAGCCUUUAAGUGGUGUGAAUGCUGUAAGACUUUGUACAUACUUCAGUUGUUCUGGAAUCUAAGAAGAAAAGAUAUGCUAAUAAAUAGCUCUGAUGUAGGCUCUA